UCAAUCCCAUUUUCUUCAAAUUUAUUUCAAUAAUGAUUCGAAAACAAGUAAGAGAACGUCGAGAAUAUCUUUACCGAAAAAAUCUGGAAGCAAAACAACGAGCUACUCAACAACGUAGAGAUGUGCUUAAACAUGCUCUGGAUACCAGUACAAUGAUUCCAACAGACUUGAGAAAGGACGCGGCAGAAAUGGUUGGGGAUUUGGCUUGGGGCGGGCAAGUGGAUUUAGUGGAUGAUGAAUAUAGAUGGGCUGGUUGUGAAGAUCCUAAUCUCGUUGUGACUACAAGUCGGGAUCCUUCUAGUCGACUGAAAAUGUUUGCAAAGGAAAUUAAAUUGCUUCUCCCAAAUUCUCGCCGUAUUAAUAGAGGAGGACAUGAUAUGAAAAGUAUUGUGGAGGCUUGUACAGCUCAUGGAGUAACCGAUUUAAUUUUGUUGAGUGAAACGCGAGGAGUGCCCGAUUCAAUGAUUGUCUCGCAUUUCCCGCAUGGGCCAACAGCUUAUUUUAGUUUGUCAAACGUUGUGAUGCGACAUGAUAUUCCAAACAUGCCACAUAUGUCAGAGCAAUAUCCACAUCUUAUUUUUCACAAUAUUACUUCUCCGCUCGGGAAUAGGUUAACAAAUAUAUUAAAAUAUUUAUUUCCUGUGCCCAAAAAGGAUUCUAAUCGAGUUGUUACUUUUGCUAAUGAAGACGAUUUUAUUUCCUUUCGUCAACACACAUUCAAAAAAGAUGAACAUGGGGAUAUUGAAUUGACUGAAUUGGGGCCGAGAUUUGAAAUGAGACCUUAUUGCUUAAUUCUUGGCACAAUAGACAAUGCUGAUUCUAGCGAAACUGAAUGGGCUCUUCGUAGCCAUAUAAAUCGAAAACGAAGAAUUUUGACGGAUGAGAGGGAGUAA